CCUCCACAUAUCUGAAACACUGUACUUGGCUGAUACAAGUAGGCGAGCAGCUAAGAUCCCCCUUCUUACCACAUAGUCGUCAGAGUAGACUACACCCACUUCACCUAGAAACACCCAGUCGGUCGAAUCCCGCCCGAGCUUCAGCUUCAUCCUCGUUCGGACAAAGUAUUAAGUCUUGUAAACUCAUUUCAACUGUCAAUCAGGGUUUGCGGUAUUUGUGGAAAUGCAGACUAGGAAGAGGAUUUUGGACGGUGAGGAUGACCAACAGCAGGAGCGAAAACGGCCUGCUCUGGCUAGUGUCAUUGUGGAAGCGCUAAAGGUGGAUAGUCUUCAGAAACUCUGCUCAUCCUUGGAGCCAAUCCUUCGUAGAGUUGUUAGCGAAGAAGUUGAACGUGCUUUGGCAAAGCUUGGUCCUGCCAAACUCACUGGAAGGUCAUCGUCACCUAAACGAAUUGAAGGGCCAGAUGGAAGAAAUUUACAGCUGCAUUUUAGGUCCAGACUUUCACUGCCUCUCUUUACUGGGGGUAAAGUAGAAGGGGAGCAGGGAGCUGCAAUUCAUGUUGUCUUGAUUGACGCAAAUACAGGGCAUGUUGUCACUUCUGGACCUGAAUCGUGUGUUAAGCUGGAUGUUAUUGUGCUAGAAGGUGAUUUUAACACUGAAGAUAAUGAAAGCUGGACUCAAGAAGAAUUUGAAAGCCAUGUUGUGAAAGAGCGGGAAGGAAAGAGACCAUUGUUGACUGGCGAUCUACAAGUGACACUCAAGGAAGGUGUGGGAACUUUAGGAGAGCUUACCUUCACUGAUAAUUCAAGUUGGAUAAGGAGUAGGAAGUUCAGACUUGGCCUCAAGGUUGCAUCAGGAUAUUGUGAAGGCAUACGAGUUCGUGAAGCAAAGACUGAGGCUUUCACUGUCAAAGAUCACAGAGGGGAAUUGUACAAAAAGCAUUAUCCACCUGCGUUGAAUGAUGAUGUAUGGAGAUUGGAGAAGAUUGGCAAGGAUGGAUCAUUCCAUAAAAGACUAAACAAUGCAGGGAUAUUUUCAGUUGAACACUUCCUUAGGCUUGUGGUCACAGACCCUCAGAAGCUGCGAACUAUUCUUGGCAGUGGUAUGUCAAAUAAAAUGUGGGACGCCCUCAUAGAGCAUGCAAAGACUUGUGUCCUAAGUGGGAAGCUUUAUGUAUACUAUUCUGAUGAUUCAAGAAAUGUUGGUGUUGUCUUCAAUAACAUCUAUGAGCUGAGUGGCCUUAUAGCUAGUGAACAGUAUUUUCCAGCAGAUUCACUUUCUGACAGCCAGAAGCUAUAUGUUGAUGGUUUGGUAAAGAAAGCAUAUGACAACUGGAACCUAGUUAUAGAGUAUGAUGGCAAGUCUCUUCUGAACUUCAAGCAAAAUAAGAAAUCAAGUGCAUCCCGGGAUGAACUUCCAGUUGGGCCAGUGGAUUAUCCUAAUGCUUUGGAUAAUCAGCUUUCAGAUCCGCCCCGAUUACCAGUACCAGUUCCAUCUGAGCCAUCUCCAGUGGAUCCAAACAUGCUGAUUGGAGGUUAUAAUGAUAAUAUGGCUACCAGAUAUGCUAACCAGUCUCAAAUUCUGAAUUCAAGUUCCCGCAAUCAGUAUGGUAGUACUUCAUAUGGUUUACCUGACCAGCAAAUCAGCAAUUCUCACCAAAUUCAGAACACAAGAUAUGAUAAUAGGGCAGCAUUGGCCCUUGCUCCUCCACAGUCAUCAUCAUCAUUCCAGACAGUUGGGUCAUCUGUUCAGCCAUCCAACCUCAAUCCUUUUGAAGACUGGACUCAAAAUCGUGACAAGAGUGUGGAUGACUUCUUGUCGGAGGAGGAAAUUCGUUUGAGAAGCCAUGAGAUGCUCGAGAAUGAAGAUAUGCAACACCUACUUAGACUUUUCAGCAUGGGAGGCCAUGCAGCUGUUAAUGUGCCUGAUGAUAAUUUUGCUUUCCAAUCUUACAUGCCAUCGCCAUCUCCAAACUACAGUUAUGAUGAGGAUCGCACCCGUUCUGGGAAAGCAGUUGUUGGCUGGCUAAAAAUUAAGGCUGCAAUGAGAUGGGGCUUUUUCAUCAGGAAGAAAGCAGCUGAGAGGAGGGCACAGAUUGUGGAGUUGGAAGAUGAAUAAAAUCGUGUUGGAGAUAAACAAUUGCCUGUGUAAAGUUGCUGAUACUUGGCAAUGCAGGUAGAUGUUUUAGGAUUCAGGACUGUGCAGACUUAGAUUCUCUCAGGAGUCUCAAUGACCAUGUCUGGUUCUGUAACAGGCAUCUAGAUGUACAUUCUCUUGUACAGUAAGAAGUUGGCAUUGGACUCAUAAUUGACUUGAUUGUUUCUGACUCUGCGUUUAAAUUUGUAAGGGCUAUGGGUUUGACUUAUCCUGAGUUUUAUGUCUGGUUCUAUCCUUCCUGAUGUAGACAUUUGGGCAAUAUUUGUGCAAGUUAAGCAUACUUAAUGUCAUAUUGACAACUAUUUCUUCUGUAA